AUGGACGUCUCUUCAGCGCUGCCGUUUGAGUCUCACACGGGGCUAACUGCGACCCCCCCUUCAGGCCCUGCCGACGACGCUCGCCUGCUGGAGGGCCUCGGUGCAGGCGCCGUGAGUGCUAUUGGAGCAGGCCCACAAAUCGGGAUGGAUGCUUCGGGCUAUCACUUCACUAUUUCAGUGGCUGGCGCUCCGACUCUUGCUGCUUCUCCUUUGCCGUCGGUCCAGGAGAGUCGACGAAGGCGGAGGCAGCUUGAGACGAAGCUCGCUCGAAAACGCACCAAGAACCGUUUCCGGUCUCCCCCCGCGCUGCUUGCAGUGCUUUCUUUUGCACUAGCGGCCUGCAUCGUCUCCAUAUCAACAGUCUUCUUGCUAUGCGUGCUUCGCGCUAGCAGGCCCUUUCAUCCGGCUCCCGACUUCUCUGGUGGCACGCAGUCUCUCUCUGCUGCCCGCUUGUCGCUGUUUUCCUUGGUCUCCCCCCAUCCACUCCGCAAGGCUGGACCAGGGCCGCGGAGGCUCGGCGAUUCUUCCCCAGAGAAUUCUGGACUGGGGGCGGCGGUCAGUGACGACGAGUUUUGCGAGUCGGCAAUGGGUGGAAGCGGCGUGCAAAGCUAUGCUGCCUCAAGACCUAAUUCAGGACAGGAAGGUGCCAAGCAAGACGCAUCCGCCGCCACCAGAAAACGUCCGAGAGGGAGAGCAGUACCAGACGUUGGAGAAGAGGAGGAAGAGGACGCGUACGCGGAGAGCAGCGUUCCAGACGCCAGAAAAUAUCAGUCGCCGCGAAGUGCAAAAAAGGCGAAACGGAUGGACAACGCAGCCGAUGAAGGCAGAAUGACGCCGAGGGGCGGCGAGGCACGUGGGGAAGCGAACCCGCAACUAGUGUCCGAGACGGCUCUCUUCGUUGACAGCGAAUUAACGGACUUGACGGAAGAACAACUUGUUGCCCUCACAGUUCAACCGGAAGACAUCCCACCUCCGCCCUUUCAAGGAGCAUGGUACGGGCACACCUUCGUAACGUUCAGAAGUUUGCAAAGCCUUCUGUAUGACGUCAAGAUGACAGCCAUCCGGGAAAAUCGAACCACGCGCACCUUGAAAGAUGCAUUGGCGGCUUUGAGCAGAUGCGUCUUUCUGUCUCGGCAAUUCAGCAGAAUCCAGGAACACCAUCUAGGUGCAAAUGAGAGCGCAGAGAAGAACGCAGCCCUAUGGGCACACGGUGCUUUAGAGAAGGGUGUGCGUGAGACUGCUGUACUCCUCUUCGGAACGCGACUGCACCCGGUCAUGAGUGAACUGGAAGCUGAGCUGCUUCGCGUGGCUGUCAGCGCCUUCCGUGAGGCACGCGGCAAGCCGAGCCUCGGCACCAGGAGUGUUUCGCUCACUCCACUCGGCAAAAAAGUUCCCUUCUUUGGCGAGCUGGAACAACGAAGGUCGGCCCUGGCCUCAGCUCUUCGUGGCCGAAACAUCCUGUCUGACCUUUCGCAGUGGCUGGACCGCCGCCCGGACGUCGCUGCCAAGAUCCCGGAUUCGUCAUUGCUGCGCGUCGCUACCGCAGCCGAACGUGCUGCGAUCGUGCACGGUCCAGCGCAUCCGCUGGCUCAGAUCCCCUCCGACUUGGGUGUUCCUCACCUUCUCAAGGUCCCCUUUCAGAACCUUGUGCCAGGGGCGGAGAUGUACAACGAAGAUAUUCCCUUCUCAGAGGGCUCCCCAGCUGACUGGGCGGCUGUCAUGUCAAGGUUGGCACGCCUAAAAGCAGGCAAGGCCCGUGGCCUGCGGACUCGGCUUGAAUCAAGACUGUCAAAGGCUACUGUGAACCGGACCCUUCAGACGCUCUCACACAUGACUCUUCUCCUCGCGCAAACGGCUGCCCUCGUGGACACGCGUCCGACUGUGGCACGAGACAGCAUAUUCACUCGCAACGUGCAUUCUAUGCGUACAGAAAUGUAUGCUAUCGGUCGGUUUUUUGGCUUCACGAGCGAAGAGGCUGCAAUGACGCUGUUGGAGUUCCUCCUCGGCGUUGCCCUGGCUGAAACGCGUACAGCAAGGCAAGAAGCUGCGAAUCAGCAUGGCGUGCCUCUGCAAGAGCGCGUCUCCCACGUGUCCGCAUCUGCCUGGUACGCGUUACGGCGUGUCGAUUUCGUGAAGCUGGUGUCCAGCAAGCUCCGUACGGACUCCACAUUCGCCCAGCAACUUCAUGUCAGCGACACGACCGACAGUUUUCACGAGUUGAUGGAGCGCUACGAAAACGACGUGUUUGUGUGCGGGCUUGCUCACUUGUGGUACGUCCUCCCAGACCCGCGCGGACAUGCCUCCCGGAAGUCUGCGGUUGUGUCCGCGGCGAGUGGGAUCCGCAUGGCAGAACCUUCAGAAAGCGAGAGCGAGGAUGGAGAGGAAGAAGACGGAACCGUGGAAAAGAGUCAAUACGAGCACGGCGGAGAAAGCCGAAUGGACGCUGCAGGCGGGUCUGAUACUACGGAGUCGGAGGAGGAGGACUCUCUCGGGUACGGGUUCGAUUCCCAGCAGUCAGGUCCAAGAGCGGGAAUUGUUGGAGAUCCGUCUCUGCAGCACGAGCAGUUCUCGUUGUUCUCUCCUAGCCCGUCACUUGUCGGCUCGGAGAGUCUCACGUCUAUAUUGAGUGCCCUCGAGUCCGUAAGCGGCGCCGAAGAGGAUGUCGAUACAGAGGUUGCAGACUUACCUAUGCCAGCGGCGCCCAACGGUAGACCAGUCGACAACCUCGGAGAGCCACCAGAACACAACACGGAGAGCAGUUCAAGCAUUCCCUUCUACUUUUCGGCGGCGGAGAUGAGUCAGCUUGAGACGAUUCUGUAUCGGGCAGGGUUCGACCGGUCAGGGCUCGCCGACGGCGUCGAAAAGGAUCCACCUCUGCAAGAGGUGCGGUUGUUGCCUUCAUUGCCUGGCUCGUCAGAUGUUGACUGGGAGAGUUCCGUGUCUGCAGUGAGCGCCGCCGAUCCCGCGGGAGAUGCAGAGAAGGGACUCCAUACAGAAGCCGCAGACGUUUCUACGCCACCAGCACCCCAUGGAGUCGUAGCUGACCACGCAGAAGCGCCGCCACACCAAAGCAUGGAUGACAACACAGACAUGCCACUCUAUUUCCCGGACACACUGAUGGAAGGUCUGGAGCUCGCGCUGUUUGGGGAGGCUGGUGACGUGGCAUGGUUAGGUGACGAAGCCGACCUGAGUGAGCCACAUAUCACGCUGAGAUCAUCGAACGUAGUGGACGGUAUGGGGGGAGUGGACUACGCGGCUGGGGGGCACUGCUUAGGUGUUGAGUGUCUAGGCUGGCGGCAGGCUUUCAAGUGCUGCGUGGCCACCUAUGAUGUUAUCUAUUGUCGCGGAGGGGCGGAUAUUUUCUCGUUGUAG